AUGGCAGCUGGGCCAAAUGACUGCGAGGAGGGGGUGGGCAGCGCAUACCUGUUUGUGGAGUCGUCAGUGGACAAGGUGGUCCUGUCAGAUGCCUAUGCUCACCCCCAGAAGAAGGUGGUGGUUUACAGCGCCCUGCGGGCUGCUCUGGCAGAGAGCGGCGGGAGCCCUGGCCAGCUGCAGAUGCUCAAGAUCCAUCGCAGUGACCCGCAGCUGAUCGUGCAGCUGCGCUUCUGCGGACGCCAACCGUGCAGCCGCUUCCUGCGCGACUACCGCGAGGGGGCGCUGCGCGCCAAGCUCCAGAAGCGCCUGGCAGCCGCGCUGUCCCUCAACGCCCUGCAGCUGCACCUGGAGCUGCGCGCGGGCACCGAGCUGCUGGAUACUUUGCUGCCCGACGAGGAUCGCUGCUUGAACUGCAUCUUCGCCCAGAAGCCUGACCGGCUGCCGGACGAAGAGCUCGCUGAACUUGAGCACGCGCUCAGGAAUCUGACGUGCGGCCCGGGGGGCCAGGGGGCCGGAGGCUUGAAGGUCACUCCGGCUCCCGUGAAAUCCCAGGCCCCUUCAGGGGAGAAGCCUCCGCCGCCAUCUGACCAGACUUUCCUGUUCCAGGGUCAGCUCAUAGCGAACCGGCCUCUGAACCUCCAGGACCAGCAGACGUUCGCACGCUUAGUGGGCCUCAAAUGGCGCAAAGUGGGGCGCACGUUGCAGCGUGGCUGCCGGGCGCUGCGGGACCCCGCGCUGGACUCCCUGGCCUAUGAGUACGAGCGCGACGGGCUGUACGAGCAGGCCUUCCAGCUGCUGCGGCGCUUUGUGCAGGCCGAGGGCCGCCGCGCCACGCUGCAGCGCCUGGUGGAGGCGCUGGAGGAGAACGAGCUCACCAGCCUAGCCGAGGACUUGCUGGGCCUGGCGGAUCCCAAUGAUGGUGGCCUAGUGUAG